AUGUUACACUCACAAACUUCGAUCUCUGUCAGUUACACAAGCGGGGGAGCUGUGGGACUGAUGCCAGGUGCGGAUCUGGACCCCCACCUCUACCCAGCUGGACAGAGUGUUUCUGAUUGUACAGAUGAUGAGACCCCCUCACAGGGUAGAACUGUGGUAUCAUUUGUGUGUCUGAUAAUUUCAGAAGGGGAGGCCCCUCACCGAGCCCCCAGUGAUAAGCUGAGGGAGGCUUUGUCAUCCAGAGAGGCCUUUCAGAAGAUCUACCUGGAGCAGUCGGAACUUGCCAUGGGGACAUUCAAGCACAUCGGCAGAUUCAGAUCUGCACGACUCAUAGGCAAGAAUCUGGCUGACUUCUACAUGAAGCUUGGGGAGCCUCAGAAGGCUGAAAAUUUCCUCCUUGACGCCAUGACCAGCUACCACAAGGAAGGAUGGACGAAGUUGAGGGACAUGGCCUGCUUGGAGUUGGCACAGUGCCAGUACCAGACCGGCAUACAUCACAAAUACGUGAAGACAGGUUGCCAGGUGGCAGGUAGCUCCCUGCUGGAGACUCGAGACAGGCUGGAACACAUGAACAACGUGAUGCAGCUGGCAAGGAGCUCCAAUGCUGGAACCAUGCUAUUGAAAGCAUCGCCACUGUUGAAGAUAGAUGUUUCAAGGAUCAGCCAAUCAAAAGUAGGAGUUGAUGAGGCUUUUCAGAUCACUGUUACCAUUGACAACCAGGGGCCAUGUGACUUGACAUGUGACUCAAUAUGGCUGACAUUGGUUGAAAGUGUGUCUGAAUUCUCAGACAGAAGAAUUCACAAACUGAAAUCACCUGUGAUCAGACAAGCCAGUAACUCCAGCUUAGACAAUAGACAUGUGAUGAACCUUACUAACGUCAACCUAAACAAGCAAACCCCAACAGAGAUCAGUUUACGUGCUCUGUUUGAAGGAACGCUGGAGGAGCCAGUGUUGGCAGGGAUAUUAUGUAUGAACUCACAUGAGUUGUUGAAGCGAAAUGACAGCUCUGGUGGGAUCUUGAAGCCCACAGACGACACAGUCAAGAAAGAUGUCACAUCACAGCAGGCUGCAGUCACUGGGGUUGUGCUGAAACAGGGGGAAAACACUGUGACCUUGAACUUUGAGGGGGUGCUGGCUGGCUGCUACAGCCCGGGUCAGGUUGGGGUUAAGGUCGGUCUGCUGGAGUUCCUCAAGGACACAAACUCUGGCCUCAGUGUCAUGGUGACCUGCGAUGAGACCCGCUGUGAAAUAAUACCAGAAACUCUCGUGGCUGGUAUAGGUCAGGAGGUGACAGUGUGUAUUUACUCUGGCAAUGUGGCCAUUGAUCCCAACAGCAAGGUGAAGGUCACAGGCUCUGAGAACCUCUCUAUAACAACCAGCUCCCAUGACAACACUGUACUGUUAGGUGGGGUUGCUAGGGGAGGACAAGCUGAGUGGAAAAUGCGAGUGUUCCAUCAGCCGAUGGUGACAGGUGGUCUUAAAGUGGAUGAUAAGAUUGUUUUUGACUGUUCCUGGUUGCCACGGCCGCUUAUAAUGACCUUGACCUUUGUCAACCCUUUCAAGGUCACACACAGACUGUAUACUGCCCGGGACAUGAAGUACAUCCAGUUGACAGUUCAUGCUCAGGGAGGUGGACAGUUCCAGCUGUCCGACUGGUCGCUUGUGGCAACCAAUGGCAAUGACCUUGAACUUGUGUGUCUCAAUAAACCUCUGGUCCCCAUGAAGAUCGUCUCCAUGCAGAGUUGUUCCUUUGUGUGGCAGCUGAAGUGUAACACCCCUGAGUUGCCUCCCCUACAUCUCACCUUCACCUCGGCCUACAUGAGUCCCCUAGAGGUGCCUGCAGAGGAGAGGCAACUACGCUACAGCUUCAAAAUGGCUGACUUUCAGACGCUGUUGACAGUGAAGGCAGAUAUCUGCCCCUCUGGUGACAACAAGGUGUGCAAAACAGGUGUGGUGUCCUCCUUCAAGCUCCAUGUGACCCAGAUGUCAGCCGUCAAGCCUCUGGCUGAUCAGGAGAUCAUGUACAGACUUGAGGGGGGCCCAAAUUGGAAGGUGCAUGGAAAAUCAUCAGGCGUGUUUCAUCUGUCAGGAGGGAGCUACUCCCACAGUGUACAAGUUAUCCCCCUUACAGCAGGGUUCCUUCCCUUGCCAGCUGUCAGUCUUCUCAAGUACAACCCGCAGAUUAUGAAAGAAGAAGAUGAAAGGUUGUCCAGUACAGAUGAUGAGAGUUCGGACACUGAUGGUCAGCCCUUGAUGUCAGAGUUUGGCCGCGGUCAGGUGUACUACAGUAGCCAGGGGAAACAAGUGCAUGUGUACCCAGUGGAGGUGACAGGGGAAGUAGAGGUGACCAUCAUGUGA